GGAGAAGAAGAGUUUUCUUUGAGCUAUUGGCUAACAAAACAAUAUUGUGUCUAAGAGAAACAAGAGGGAGGAAAGAAGAAGAAUGGCACUAGAAGCUGUGGUGUUUCAGAAAGAUCCGUUUAACUAUGAUUUCAACAUCUUAGAAGCAAGUAGCACUGGACCACCCUGCGACUGCGACCACUUGGCUUUUGAAGAAGAAAAGGCUUAUCAAGAAAGUCCUCAAAGAAGUACUGGAGAGUUUGGUUUCAGUGCGAAUUGCAACUUCUUCUCCCCAUCUUCGCCCAUGGAGGAACCGGUGGGCAUGACGGUGGCCACGCCUUGCCGGAGAAAGAAACGGCGUACCAUAUCCGUCAAGAAAAAGGAGGAACUUGAGGUCCAGAGGAUGACCCAUAUUACUGUUGAACGCAACAGAAGGAAGCAAAUGAAUCACUACCUCGCCGUGCUCAGGUCCAUGAUGCCUGCCUCCUACGUUCAAAGGGGUGAUCAAGCAUCAAUCAUGGGGGGAGCCAUUAAUUUUAUGAAGGAUUUAGAGCAACUCCUUCAAUCCUUAGAAGCCCAGAAGCGAAUCCAGCAGAGACUCUGCUUUCCACCGAUCUUCUCAGAUUUCUUUUCCUUACCCCAGUACUCAAUUCAGCAGGACUCGUUGGAUACAAGCGACCCAACUACAGAGCAAAAGCGAUCCACCACUGCAAAUGUGGAAGUAACCAUGGUGGAGAGCCAUGCCAACAUCAAAGUACUGUGCAAAAAACACCCAAAACAGCUGCUUAAGAUGGUGGGAGGACUGCAUUCUCUAAACCUUUGUGUACUUCACCUUAACGUCACAACUGCUGAAGAUAUGGUACUCCAUUCUUUCAGUAUUAAGAUUGAGGAUAAUUGCCAGUUGAGUUCUGUGAACGAAAUUGCAGCUGCUGUGUAUGAGAUGGUGACUGGGAUUCAAGAAGAGUCCUGACCAUAAUUUCUCCUUUUGUUGGUCUUUAGAAUGUUUCCUACUACAUACGUUUGGAACUUAUUUUAGAUUUUCAUCACAUAAAAGAAUCGGUUUGCCUUUUCAAAAAAAAUUUUUAUCUAUU